AUGAAGCUUGCGUCUCUCCUCGUGGCAGCGACUGUGGCGGCCGCUGCAGUGCGCUGGGCCAACGAUGACGAACUGGCUGUGAUGAAUGCCAACCGCGGCAGGGUCGGCACAGCUCUUGCGAUGCCAACUGCUGCAGAGAUGCAGACCAUGGAGGUGGAGCGAAUGUUCAACAUGACCCCGGGACUUGUGCCUAUCGGGAAGAUGAGAGAGAUAUGGAAACACCACGGGCAAAGGGUUGAUGAGGACCGACUGCUACACUGGCUGGCCAACGCGACGCGGCCGGUGCCGGAUCGUCGUGGCGAGCAGCAGGUGUUGGCUGCCAACCAAUUCAUCCGUGCUGGCGGCUUUGCCAUGUUCCUGGCAUUCACUUCGGAUGGCGGCAGCGCCAUCCGGGCAGUCUGGAACGACUGCUACGGCGCUGCCACCAAGGACGGAACGGCAACCGGCAAGGAGUGCGGCGACAAGGUGAUUGCCGCCGUCGUAAAAGGCGCCUACUCCUUCGUCAUGGGCGGGACAGGGUACGCAGCCGUGCUGGCACAGGGCCAAGCGGACCCGAACCAGCCCGCCUACGAGCUGCAGAACCAGCUGCCGCCAGACUCUGAGCACGCGGCGCAGAGGAAGCGCUCGGCAGACCAGGCGUGUCCAAACCACAACGGCAACUUCAACGGCUUCUACGGAGUCAGGUUCCGUCUCGGGUCGCACAUCGGCGCUAAACUGUCCGGGUAUGCGGCCUGCGGCACAUCGGUGUCGAAGCCCGACGAGGCCGCACAAGGCAGCUUCGGCUACCAAAUCAACAGGGCGGCUGGUGACAACGGAGCGGCCAGGAUCCAGUUCUACACGAUCCAGGAUGGUUCCAGGGCCAACAUUAUGGGUGGCGCCAUCGUCUACGAGACCCGCGUGACUGACACGUGCCCCGAGUACAUCUCUUUCGGCGGUUGCGAGGAGUAG